CUCCGAUCAUGGCGGCACAAAGCAAGCUUGCCGGCGGCGCGGCGCUUGCUGUGAUCGCCCUGGCGCUGGCCAUCCGCGAGAAAGGGCAAAAAGAGGCUGAGAUUGCAUGCACCUUGAACUCGCAGUACACUCCUGAAAAGAAAAAAGGCCAGGACAAGAAAGUCGCGAUCAACAAGGACUUUCUUGAUCGGUUCAUUCGACUCUUUCGCAUCAUUGUGCCAGGGCUAUGGACACCGGAAGUGGCGUAUGCGCUGCUUGUUGCGGGAUUGCUCACAGCGCGCACCACGUUUGACAUUACGAUCUUGCACAUGAUGACCUCCAUCGAGCGCGCGAUUAUCAGCGGAUGCCGCAAGGACUUUAUUCAUCACCUGUCGCGGUUUCUCCUGGUGAUGCUACCCGUCUCGGUGGUCAACUGCCUGCUCAAGUACGGACAAACGGAGCUCAGCUUGCGUUUCCGCACGCGCCUGUCGACGUAUCUGUAUGCGAAGUACCUCCACGAGUACACGUACUACAAGGUGUCGAACCUCGACACGCGCAUCUCGAACCCCGACCAGCUCCUGACGGUCGAUGUCGAGCGCUUUGCCACGUCUGUCUCUGACUUGUACUCGAACGUGACCAAGCCGGUGCUCGACAUUUCCAUCUACGCGUUCAAACUUGCUGGAACGAUCGGGUUGUCGGGCCCCACAACCAUGCUCAGCUACUUGGUCGGGUCUGGGGUGUUCCUGACGUGGUUACGGCAGCCCACGGGGCGCUUUACGAUCGCUGAACAACGUCUGGAAGGCAACUACCGCUUUGUGAACGCCCGAUUGAUCACACAUAGCGAAGAAAUCGCAUUCUACCACGGCAACGAGCGCGAGCAUUCGAUCGUGCAGUCGUCGUACGAUGCGCUGAUCCAGUUGAUUCGGCAGGCGCAGCAGUUCCGCUUCUCCGUCAGCGUCAUCGACAACGUCGUUGCCAAGUACUUUGCAACAGUGGUCGGGUUUCUACUCGUGUCGCGGCCGUUCCUGGACGCAUCGGACCCGCGCCACGCGACGUCGUCGCACGCCGAGCGCAUGCAGGACUACUUUCGAUCGGGCAAGAUGUUGAUGAAGCUGGCCGAAGCGAUGGGUCGCCUCGUCCUCUCUGGGCGGGAGCUCACACGACUCGCUGGCUUUACGCUGCGCGUGACCGACAUGAUUCAAGUCCUGGACGAUCUCCAUGCCGGCAACUACAAACGUACGAUGAUCCAAAGCAGCAGCGGCAACACGAACGCCCCUGGCGUGAUCGAGUACAAGGACAACGUGAUCGAGUUUGAGAACGUGCCGCUCAUGACGCCCAACGGCGACGUCCUUGUCCCUUCGCUCUCGUUCAAGGUCGAGUCGGGCAUGAACGUAGUCGUGUGCGGUCCGAACGGGUGCGGAAAAAGCUCCCUCUUUCGCCUCCUCGGAGAACUCUGGCCCGUCUUUGGCGGCAAGCUGGUGAAGCCCGCUCGCAGCAAGCUCUUUUACAUCCCUCAGCGCCCGUACUUGACGCUUGGUUUGUUUGUUCGUGCAAUCGCACGUGACCACGUCGUCGUGGUAGGAUCGUUACGCGACCAGAUCUUGUACCCAGACAGUGUCGACAAGAUGGUGGCCGCCGGCCGCACGGACGCCGACUUGCUGGCGCUGCUGCAGCUGGUCCAACUCGAGUACUUGAUCGACGUGGAUGGGUGGGAUGCCAUCAAGGACUGGGCGGACGUGUUGAGUGGCGGCGAGAAGCAGCGGCUGGCCAUGGCGAGGCUGUUUUACCACGCCCCGCAGUUUGCCAUCUUGGACGAAUGCACGUCGGCCGUCAGCGUCGACGUUGAAGGACUCAUGUAUGCGUACUGCAAGUCGCAACGCAUCACGCUCUUCACGGUGUCGCAUCGCCAGUCGCUGUGGAAAUACCACGACUAUGUCCUUCAAUUUGAUGGCCAAGGAGCGUACAGCUUUCGCAAGAUUCUCCCGUCCGACGUCGCACUUGGUUCGUAGUCAGUGCGUCCACCCGCGCAUGCAGCGUAGUUUCGUCCAUGUGUUGCCAUGGAAUACAUGCCCUUUGCAUUCAAUCGCUGCAAACCAUCCCAUCCUUGACUCCGCUACACGCGAGAGCAUCCCGCGCAUGUCGGUAUAUCCGCGGCCGUUGACCUCUGUU